UAAUAAUUAUUAUAAUAUUUUUAUCUGAAUCGUAAUAAAUAUUUAAUUAAUUAAUAAUAAUCUGAGUAACCAUACUAAUAAGUAGUACACUAUAGUUUCGAAUAGGUACUCGAUCGAGUCGUUCGUUUUAUAUUAUCUAUUAUUGUUAAAUUAUUAGAGAGAAGAUUUGGAUUGUCGUUGCAAUGUCUCGCCCCAACACGGUUUUCAUUUUCGGUCAUUGACGAUCCGACCCGACCGAGUGGUAGAGUUGGUCCACUACGCUGGCUGCCUUGUGUCUGUUGGAGUUUUGACCACAUUAAAGAAAACAUGGCCAUGUAAAUAUGACUGAAAUCACUAUACCUAAGUACGGGCUGGUGCAGGAUGUCAAGCCACACUAUGUGUACACGAUCAAGGUGCUGUCAGACGGCUACCAGGAGUGUGUGGAAAAACGGUAUAGCGCUUUUCACGCGUUCCAUAGAGAACUGAGGAAAUCUAUAUCUACACCACCAUUUCCAUCAAAACGUAUACGAUGUUCACAACCAAAAGUCCUUGAACAAAGAAGGGCUGGUUUGGAGAGGUAUUUACAGACAGUUUUCAAAAUUGAAGGUGGAUAUAAACAGGUCAUGGAAUUCCUCGGGCUAAAGUUUCAGCCAAGCCAUAAAAUAGAUGUUAAGUAUCAGCGUCCAGUGUUUCACAUGAUAAGUGAACAUAUUCCAUCUAAAAACAGACAUGAAAAACGUUUAUGUUUACCAGACAUAAUCACAGAUGGUGUUCUUAAAGCUUUAUAUGGUUAGUAUUUAACUCCUGAGAAAUAGUGAUAUAUUUAGGUAUACCUUUUGUACCUAGAUUUUUUAUUAUUUAUAUAGAUAAACAUUUAAAAUCAAACUUAUUUUUAGUAUUUUUAUUAUAUUUUAUUCAUGUAACAUUGUUUAUUUUAGAAAAAA